CCUUUUUCCCUCUUGAAUUAGCAAGCGCACUAGCCAAGUGGUGCGAAGCUCUCCUUUCUGAACCAAGGCACACAACGCAACACGCCUAACGUCCCGAAUAAAUUUCAAAAAUCUAAUAAAACUAUAUUGAAAAAACAUACUUUACGAUGAUAUUGUCACAUGUAUCAAAUAAAAUCAAAGCCGGAGAUAGUAGUCGCCUAUAACGAAAGCUUUUCAGAAGGCAAUUCCAGGUCCAACCUCGCGCCUUCCUGAAAACAGGAAAUGGGUGACACGUCAUUCCAAGAGGAUGUAUUCCAUCUCAGACCAAGAUAAACACUCCAUUUCUUCUCUCACUGCAUCUUGACAUCCAGGAGAAGGUGUAUGACGUGCAUGUAUACUAAUAGGUAUCAUGCCCAUUUAUAGGCAGGACCUAGAAGAGAGCAUCGAUUUCAGAUUUUCCACUUCCUGGUCAGGAAGUUUGUGCCAAAUGAGUUCUGUUUUACUCACAGAUAUAAUUCAAACGGUUUUAGAAACUAGAGAGUGUUUUCUAUCCAAUAGUAAUAAUAAUAUGCAUAUUGUACGAGCAAGAAUUGAGUACGAGGCCGUUUGAAAUGGGCACCUUUUAUCUGGCUACUCAAUACUGCCCCUGCAGCCCAAACAGGUUAAGAUGUUUAGGAAAUACAACGUUAUAGAUCAAAUUCUUAGGGAGAGCAUAAUAAAUAUGGUAUAUGUUUUUCCCGUACCGUUAGUACUGUAUGUGUGGAUUACCUGGAAUAUUUUUUAAAUGCAACUUUCAAAGAAGCACACUCUAUUCUUCUGAUCUCACAGACCCACCUCCCAGGCUGACAGUCAGUUCUACAGUCAUCAGAGAGAGAGACUCAGUUCAGCUGAGCUGUCAGACUCCUCCAUCUGUCACUGUGUCUCACUGUUACUUCUACAUGGAAGGGAGAGAUCCUAAACCCUCUCCCUGUCAGCAGACUCUCACAGGGACCGAGCUGGCGAAGUGGGCAGGUCAAACUUCACCUGCUGAGGUCAAAUUUGUAUGUUUCUACACUGUAGAGACUCACUAUCAAUCAACGUACAGUGACACUGCUUCUGUCACUAUUGGUAAGAGAUUAUUGUUCAAAUUAAUACUGUAAGUUUGACUUACUGUAAUCACAUAUAAAAUCCAUCAUUAUAUCAUCAUGUUGGCAUUAUAUAAAAUUAAUCAAUGUAUUCUCCUCACAGUUGAACUACAGAAACCAGACAUUGAUAUCAAUGAUGAAUCUCUUGUUGACAUCACUAUUACUUGUGUACUUCCUGAGUCUGUCAGAGAUGGUAGUAGCUGUAACCUGUACACUGGAGACCAGCCUCAGGCCUACAAAGAGGCUCAGGCCAUUAGGAUGAGGUGGAAGUCAUCCUUGAGAAUACUCUGUACCUUCAGUGUGUCUAAGAAGAAUCUGUUCAGUCGUCUGCAGGAGAGGAGAGAUGUGAGCUGUGACUACAGAGAGAACACAGGAUUUUUCUCUCUCUCUCCACACAGUGAUCUAUAUAACUUUACAGCAGGUUUGACUGUUAGUUCUACUUUGACCCCCAACCCCCCAGUGAGACCAACAACCAAUAGGACCACUAAAUGUUUGACCUUUCCUUUGACCCCCAGUACACACACUUCAUCAGAAACAAGUGUGCAAUUAUGGCAGGCAGCAGUGGGUGUGGUUUCUGGAGUGGUCAUGUUCCUGAUGGGAUUUACAGCUGUUUAUCUUUGCAGGAGGACCAAGAAAAACAAUUCUCAGAGACCUACAGCCAGACAGGAUGAUCACAGCCAAUGUGAUUUGUUGAUGGUAGCUGUGAGCAGUGCAGCCAUGUUGGAUUCAAGGGACGCUGGGAUCUAUUCUCUCAUCACCAAUGUACCGUCCACGUUCUUGCCCUCAGGCCCUGUUGAAGAGAAUGGACAGUCACCUGAAAAAGACAAUUCUGAUACGUACCACGUAUACAGCUCAAUCCCCGACAGACCAGCAACCUCAGCCCAGCCGGAUGGGUUGUACAGUCUUCUGCAGACACACUGAAACUACACCUCUGGCUCUCUGUGGCUAUGUCUCACAUGUCUCAUACAAAUACCCUCUUUCUCAUGAUGUCCUUUAUUAUCCUCACUAGGGUAUGCUAGCGUCCCACCUCGUCAACAGCCAGUGAAACUGCAGGGCGACAAAUUUUAACAACAGAAAUCCCAUAAUUACAAUUCCUCAAACAUACAAGUAUUUUACACCAUUUUAAUGAUACACUUGUUGUAAAUCCAGCCACAGUGUCCGGUUUCAAAAAGGCUUUACGACGAAAGCACACCAAACGAUUAUGUUAGGUCAGAGCCAAGUCACAGAAUAACAAAAAGCAGAAAUAGAGAUAAAAUGAAUCACUAACCAUUGAUGAUCUUCAUCAGAUGACACUCAUAAAACGUCAUGUUACACAAUACAUGUAUGUUUUGUUUGGUAAAGUUCAUAUUUAUAUCAAAAAAUCUGAGUUUACAUUGGCGCGUUAGGUUCAGUAGUUCCAAAACAUCUGGUGAAUUGGCAGAGAGCCACAUCAAUUUACAGAAAUACUCAUAAUAAACAUUGCUAAAAGAUACAACUGUUAUGCAUGGAAUUUUAGAUUCACUUCUCCUUAAUUGAACCGCUCUGUCAGAUUUUUUAAAACUUUACGGAAAAACUACACCAUGCAAAAAUCUGAGUACAGCGCUCAGAGACCAAAACAACCCAAACAGACAUCCGCCACGUUGUGUAGUCAACAGAAGUCAGAAAUAGCAUUAUAAAUAUUCACUUACCGUUGAUGAUCUUCAUCAGAAUGCACUCCCAGGAAUCCCAGUUCCACAAUUAAUGUUUGUUUUGUUUGAUAAUGUCCAUCAUUUAUGUCCAAAUAGCUACUUUUGUUAGCGCGUUUUGUAAACAAAUCCAAAGUCACGAAGCGUGUUCACUAGGAGCAGGCGAAAUGUCAAAAAGUUCCGUUACAGUCCGUAGAAACAUGUCAAACGAUGUAUGGAAUCAAUCUUUAGGAUGUUUUUAACAUAAAUCUUCAAUAAUGUUCCAACCGGAGAAUUCCUUUGUCCGUAGAAUUGCAAUGGAACGCAAGCUAACUAUCACGUGAAAGCGCGUAGUCAGCUUAUGCCUCUCUGGCAGACCUCUGACUCAAUCCCCUCUCAUUCACCCCCACUUCACAGUAGAAUCCUCAACAAGGUUCUAAAGACUGUUGACAUCUAGUGGAAGCCUUAGGAAGUGCAAUAUGACCCCAUAGACACUGUGCAUUCGAUAGGCGAUGAGUUGAAAAACUACAGACCUCAGAUUUCCCACUUCCUGGUUGGAUUUUUUCUCAGGUUUUUGCGUGCCAUAUGAGUUAUGUUAUACUCACAGACAUCAUUCAAACAGUUUUAGAAACUUCAGAGUGUUUUCUAUCCAAAUCUACUAAUUAUAUGCAUAUUCUAGCUUUUAUGGCUGAGUAGCAGGCAGUUUAAUUUGUGCAUACUUUUCAUCCCAAAUUCCCAAUGCUGCACCCUACCCUAGUGAAGUUUUAACACUCAUCAAGUUACUGAAUACAUCUCUUAGCAGGUAUUAUACAUUUUACAUAUGGACACCUGGAUUCUGUUAAAUGCCUAUUCAUAUUAUCUGUUACUGUGGUAGCAUUUUUAUUAUGGAGUUUUGGAGGAGUUUGGAGCAUAUAAUUUUUUCCUCCUAGUAAAUGCUGUAUUUAUGUAUAUUCUGUGUGAUUCCUCCUUCCAUAACAG